CGACGAACUUGCUCUCGACAUUCACGAAAUUCCUCUGGUAUAUCAUCAAGCUCUCUCAUGUCGCUCUGACUCUCUGUAUACUAACGACCGUAUGUCUGUUUCUCAAGACAUCGACGAGGAGCGCCCGGAGACGCCGCUUGCACUCGACACAGCUUCGAGUGUCAAUGCGGAGGCGGCAGCACUGCAGUCGCCCUCGACAGCCUCGACCGCCAGCUCUUCCUCUCAUCAGUUUGUGCUCCCGAUUCCGACCCCCUCGACGAACAGAUCAAGAGCAUCCUUCUCGCUCCCCGAUCAGAACGAUGAAGCGGCAGUAUGGUCACUGGACUCCCUUCCGCCAGAGAUCAAGAAGGCGGACGUGAGCAUCGCGCCCGACGGGAGUUUCGUGGAGACGCCGUCGGGCGCGGCGGCGCAUCAGCUGAAGCGCAUCUACGACCAGAGGCUCGGAGUUGGCAAGGACUUCCGCUCCCCGUUCGCGAUCACAGGCUUUGUGAAUCAGCAUGGGAGGUGGAUGUACCGCGUCGGGUACAGAGACAUGUCCGCCCCAGCGGCCUCAGCAGCCGAAGUUGAGGCCAGUCAGGCUCGCUCCUCCGCUGUACCCGAGGUCCGCCCCCGCGAACCACCCACUGGAGGUCGCACGAAGCGCCGAUCCCGCAUGAGCGUCCACACCCUCCUCAAUCCCUCGAUGUUCAGCAAGGGCAACGCCGCCGCCGCCGCCACACGCCCUAUGCCCAACGCCACACCCAAGAAGCUGCGCAAGACACGCUCGAUCCCCGACAUGGUUAGCACAACAGCUUCUGGGUCACGACCUCCGUCCGGGCGCGGCCACUCGCACAGCGUGACCGCCGCGGACAUGCUCCGCCUGCCCAGCACCGAGUCGAACGCGUCUCAGAAGCAGCGCGACAUGUUUGCGGACGUGAUGAACCUCUCGGGACCCUCUCCCGGGCAAAGCACGCACUCCCUCGUCCACUCCGAUCGCUCCUCGUCGUCCUCACUGCUCAUCCCGUCAAUCAUUCCAGCGCCAUUCGGCCAGGGUGUCACCUUUGACGCUCCAUCGCCGAAGCCAUCAGCGCCUUUCUUGCCUCCUCCAAGGUUUCUGCGCGAAAUGCAAUCCUUCGAGUCUGUCAUGACUGCGCGCCAAGACGAUGUCCGGUCCGAUCUGGAGUACGACGGCGAGCGGCCCCCUUCCGCGGUCCGGCUUCGGCCACCAACUAUCCACGAAGCCGAGACGGAAGCGGAGACAGCAGAGCCCGCGCCGGAGAAGGAAGCAGCUCAGAUAGCCGAUGAACCUGCAUUAUUCUCCCGAUACACGACGGAGGUCUUCGACGUCUUACAGACUUACCGUGGACUGCCGCAGUUAGAUAAGCUCUCGGCCGCGGAACAGGAAGACUCGACAGUUACUGUCAAGCUCUCUUUAUCCUCCGACGAUACUGCGGCACCGCGCGAUGAUCCUCGAUUCGUUAUUUGGGGCGACGUAACGCUGGACCCAACUGGGGACGAUGUGUCCGUGUCAGGAAGCUGGACCGACCAGUCCGCGCCUUCCAGCGGCGCUAUCUCGCGCAAGCAGAGCACCCGCUCAGGCCGACAGAGCAUCAAGGGCAAGCACGCCGAGGUGCCGCAAUUGCGCGUAUGCCGCGAUGGCAGCUCGCACCCGCACAAAGUGAUGCUUGCAGCGACGAUCGAGCGCUGGAUCGCGCAGCUCACGAGCGACCUCGACUACGAUGAGCUGCUCGUGUUCUUCCUGACGUACCGCACGUACGUGAGCGCGGUCGACCUAUGCCACCUGCUCAUCUGCCGCUUUCACUGGGCGCUGCAGCAGGGCGAGACGCCGCAGGAUGAGAAGACGCGGCGGAUUGUGCGCGUGCGGACAUUUGUCGCGAUCCGGUACUGGCUGCUGACGUUCUUCAAUGUGGAUUUCCUGCCGGAUCGCGAGUUGAGGGCGCUGGUGUCCAGUUGGCUGAACACACUCGUGCGAGAUCCGGCACUGACAAAGCAUACGGACGGCUUGAACAUCGUGCGUAAGCUUCGCAAGGUCGCGAAGGACUGCCAGCGCACGCAUUCGCGACGUACGGGGGAUGUGCGCAAUAGGCCAAGAGCGUCGACGAAGUCAACUUCGCCACCGCGACAUAUAUUCGGCGAGAAAUUUGCGGAGGCCACGCGGCGAUCUGACGCGGAGGAUGAGGACUCGGAUGUAGAACUGGAUUUUCUUGACAGCGACGGCGGCGCCUCUGGCACGGCGACGCCCAGCGGGAGCUUAGCUGCGCCACUGCCCGCGACGAUACCCUUGACCUCGCUGAAUAUCCUCGCACGAACGGAUCAUGCACCAGGGCCAGGCGAAGAUAGCUUACCCAUCGUGCAGACGGCGCGCACGCUGCCAGUGCACCACAACGCGCUCUCCCGUGUCUUUGUAAAGACCAUCGGACGAAUAGGCCGCUGGAAGCGGGUGUUGAACUCGCGCGCGCUGCCGCCGGCGCCGAUGAACGACAGCGGGGACGUGUCCGCAUUCGAUCUCGAGUGGAACGUAUCGCGGGACAUGCUGACUGUGCAAGGUGGCGUGGGCGCCUACUUGAAGAUGAUUGGGCAGCCGGAGGAUCAAGGGGAGGCAGCGCCGAAGCAGAGCCUGGCGACGGUGAGGCCGUCGGAUGUGUCGGAGGCGUCGACGACGAUGCGCCCGAGGGCGUCAGCAGAGCGUAUUGUGUCGACUGCGUCUACGAGCACGGCCGUUGAUUCGCCCCUUGACCCGGCGAAUGUACCCCUGCCGCUACCCACACCAGACGUACCACCUGAUUACGAGCCGAGCUGGGAGGUCCCGGAGGACAGAGAUGCGGAUGCGGUCACCCUUAGCUCGGAGGCGUCGCGUCCCUCGACAGACGAGUCUGCUGCGCUUGCGCCUAGUACGGCGUCAACCUCUUCUUCCUCGCCGAGGCCGAACAGAGCAUCAUCAAUACGAACCUCGUCAACGGACUCAUUUGGCGCACCCUUGCCGCAAGGGAACUUCACGGCGGCUUUCCGCGCUCCUGGAGGGGCGCCAUACCACUUUGACGUCGCGUCUAUCGAUGAUUUAGAUCUGUCGGACGAGUCUUCAGACGAAGGCGGGCCAACCGCACCUCCAGGAUUGGGCGGACAGCACAAGCCCGCGCGCAAACUGCCAUUACGAAGAGACUUCGAGUUUGUUCAGCGUCCAGAAAGCGCGUCUUCGAUGGGCGUCAUCUCCCGCGGAUCGUUCGCAUCUGGUUCGGAGUUCUCUGAGGGCAGCGCCAACCGCUCGUCGGCAGCCUCAUCCAGUAGUAUCGGCGGGCCGGUGACCAAGUGGCAGCUCGAGGCGCUGAAGAAGUCGUUGGCGGAGCAGGAAGAGGAAGGCGACGUCGAGGCAGCAUUGCGGCAACUUGAGGGCCAGAUCAACCCGAACAAGGUGCAGGAGAAGCGCGCGAAGGUCGAAGGCUGGAUGCGCGAUAUCAAGUACCGGCUGAAGACGGGGGACUAUGAUGAGGAUGAUGCGUCGUUCGUGGACGAGGAUCUGGAGGAAGACGGUGAGGGCGAGGAGGAUGAGGAGAGGGAGGAGGUCCGCUCUCGGUUGUCCGUCGAUAGCUCCGGGCACGAGCGCGAAGACACCGCCAUCCAGGAGAUGUCCACCACGCCCAUGCCAGACCAGACCUUGCACCGGCGAGCAGAGAUCGGCUCCCCUCCGCGCUCGGGCGAUGCGAAGCCUGCACCCGAGGACGCCGUCCCGAUGGAGAUUCUAGAGAGCCGCAUGCCCUCGCAGUCGCCUGAUCUGCCCAAGAUCGGUAUGAGCCUUCCUCGGGCGAGCGACCCUGACCUACCGCGCUUCCACAAGACGUUCGUGAUGAACUACAAGGCGGAGCAGCUGGUGCAGCACUUCUCGAUGAUCGACCGCGAGCUGUUCAUCUCCGUCAAGUUCGACGAGCUGAUAUCCGGCGACUGGCUGUUCUGCGAAGAGGUGAAUGUGCUGGACUGGGCGCAGUAUCUGAAAGAUCGAGCAAGAUGGAAGGCGGAGCAGCGGUGUGCAGACAAGACGAGUGCGCUGGCUGCUGUGCGUGCGCGCUUCAACCUGUUGGCGAACUUUGUCGUCUCGGAGAUUGUGCUAACGCCGCCGAACGAGCGCCCGAUGGUCGUGGAUAAGUUCAUUCGGAUAGCUUGGAAAGCCUACCAGUUGAGCAGCUUCAAUACGCUGAUGGCGAUCCUGACCGGCCUGCGGAGCGACUGGGUAGCGAAGGCGAUGCGUCGACUGUGGCAUCGGUUGGGCAUGUUUGAGACGCGCAUGCUGAAUGACUUCAAGCAAUAUACGACCAGUGAGGGCGACUUCAAGUAUAUUCGCCACGCAGUCGAGGCGAUCGCCGAUUCGAAGCCGCUUGACACGGGCUCGCAUGCGCCAUCAGUGGUCAGCGGUGGUGCAGGCGACACACCUGGGAAGGGCAAGAACGGCGGGGACAGGGCUGUACCUACGGCCUGCAUACCUUUUAUCGGUAUCUACCUGGCUCCUCUCAAGCGCUUCAGCCAGCUUCCAGAUCUUAUUGAUCCUACUGCGCCUCAUGAGAUCGUCGGCGUCGACCCUGUCACGAACAACUACGACCCACCGGCACAUCCGGAAGUGUUUGCAGCACUGAAGCCCUUGCCACCCAGCAUUAACCUCGAACCCUUGAUCAACGUGCAGAAGCAGCGAUCCAUCGCAGGCGUUGUACGCUCGCUGGUCACUGGGCAGCACCUCGCGAGCCGAGUGCACUACCCCAUCGACAAGCGCGUCUUCCAGAAGUGCUUACGACUGCGCGGACUGGAUACCGACAUGCUCCAGCGGGCUCUGGCGAUGUACUGAUAAGUGCGCAGCAGCUUCUACUUUUCGUGUAGCUUGCGCGCGCGUAUAUACGUUUGUUCACGACGGGCAUGUGCAUACUGUAUACCGUCCGUCUCCGCUCGUUGGUUUGCAGAUGCUUUUUGAUGAUAUAGACGUAUCCAUCGUUAUUAUUUACUCGACGUUAUUAUGUGCUUGGGGAGCUUUGGAGGAAGAGGAAUGGCAGUAACAGAAUUCUCUUGAUCUAUUACUCCAG